GUACACUUAUUGUGAUGUGUUGACUAACAUACUAAAGCACAUGUAAAGUAUUUGAUUAUAAUUUUAACUGUAGUGUGUAGGUUAAUAUAUUAUUUAGGUUAAUAUUUAUUAUUUAAGUGUACUAAAUCACAGCUUCCUCAUUAUAAAUGUGUAAUUACAUAUAUUUGAAUACAUGACACAAGUUUCAAUAGAAAUUACAUUAAAGUAUAAUUUAGUUUACCACAAAUGCUUGUCAGUACAUUCAGCAGUACACUUUAACCAUAUUUCAAAGACAAUAGAAGUAACUAUGAAAUUACAGAUGAAGAUGUACUUAAAGUGCCCCUAUUAUGCUUUUCAAAUAUUACCUUUCAUGCAGUGUGUAAUAUAGCUGUCUGUGAAUGUAAACGGUCUGCAAAGUUGUUAAGUCAAAGGUGUACCAUAAAUAAAGUUAUUGUCUCCCAAAAGAAAGAAUAAAUUCUGAACCGCCUAAACAAGUCGUCUGGAAUUCCAGUCGCACUUCCGUGAGCAGCAUACGUAACACAGUAACACAUUUGCAUAAUGCCCGCCUACAGUCUUCGUUGGCUGCCCGUGAACAACGUCUACUUUGACCCGCCCUCAAACGCUGUAGCUGGUUCAUAUUGUGUACAUGUCCAGAAGAUGCUGUUUUCUGCUCUGCAAAAGCAAAUUAUUUUUGUAAACACUUCCAAAGGAUGAGGAUGUGAAGAGUCAGUGGUUGAAAUUACAACAGCGAUACAACAGCAGUAUAACCGUUUGACGAUUACUUCUCAAAUCUCUGUGAGGUCUAAAGGGGAUUUACGAAACACGUAUCCACUAAAGAUGGGAUAGUACCCACUUUAUUUGAAACAACUAGCUCUUCUGAAUCACAGCCUGUAAGUAUGAGUAAUUAUUGACAUAUAUAUUUUAUACCGGGUGUUCAAAAUAUGUAGUUUUGUGUUUUAUAUUGUGUAGGUCUUUGGCUAACCGGCUAACUCACAUCAUUACUGUCUUACUGAAAUACUUCUGCUGAUCAGAUGUGGGCCCACUAUUACCUAUUGUGUCAGUUAAUGAAGAUUGUCUGUUGUUCUUACUACUUUGAGUAAUGAUAAAAGAUGGAGCAAGAUUUGUUUUAUAAAAUUUAAUGUUACACCAGUCAUUCACCUUACUGCUCAUCAAAUGUAGGGGAGCGCGAGGCACAACCUAAUGCUUUUUGACUUUCUCAGUUUGUGUAAAUCUACUUAGGGUUCAGAGAAUUUAUUUUGUUCCACAUUAAUUUCACACAUGUCUGGUACAAAUAUGUGGCUUUGUUUCAUUAAUACAGCAUAUACUUUUUUCUUUAUUUACCCUGAAAGAAGGGAAGUGAAAUGUGACAACAUGCCCCAUAGGUGGGGCACAUUGUAACGUGAUGGGGCACGUUGUAACAUGACCAUUUGAAAGCUAAAAAUGUUAUGUGAUUGAAUUAAAAAAAAUAAAUAAAUACAUGACAAACUAAAAUAUUUAGUCAAUAAAAGACAAUAAUUAUUUUUUUCAUAUAAAAUAAUAGCUUUUUUUUUAGAAAUUCAAAUUUAAAUAAUUUUGUAGUUUGACAAUGAACACUCUUGCUGCUGAAACAUUUGCUGAAUGCUGAACAUUUCUUAAAAUAAUAUAUUUUGGAUUUUCAGGUUCUUUCCAUAGUUUAUCAACAGAAAUUUAUAAAAGUUGAUUAUGCCAGUUGUAUUGUAACUGUAUAGAAUAGCGUAGUUCUAAUAGCAGGGGCACAUUGUAACAACGAACCCUAUCUGCGCAACUGGAAUUUAAACCCGGUUAGUGUCUUCUGAUAGUUAGUGAAGCAUUAAAGAACUACCCAAACUGCUAAAACAGAUUGGAGAUUAAAAUAAUAUCAGAUAUGUCUAAUUUUAAAUAAACUCAAAAAAUAUAGAUGAAAAAUUAGCUUAAGUAAUAAAUUUACUUUUGCUAUUGUUAAAUAAAUGUUCAGUGAUAUCUCCCAAAGAUUUCUAAAUUUUGGCGCAAUUUUUUCUCUAUAUAUUUUCGAUAUGGCAACUAGUAAAUACGCUAAGUUUCUUCAUGCUAGUGUGUGUGGAAGUAUUUAAACCACGUGCGUUACAACUAACCCUGCGUUAGUUUGUGCCCCGCGCUCCCCUAUGCACUGUUAUUGACACAGUUAAUGAUACUGUAUCAAGGCAAGGUGGUCUCGCCCCCAUCUGAAACCCAUACCCAUACCCCUACCUCCUGAAUCCAGGUGUGUAUAUUCCAGGUCUUGUGGAUUUUGAUACCGAAAUGUUGACAGGUAUGCCUUACUCCUGAUUGGCUACAAGUUCCACUUCCAACAGCAUUUCUCAGAAAUUGCUUACUGCACCUUUAAGUUCAACUAAUUGCAUUUAAUAUACAGUAAGUUUAAUCUACAGUAUAAUACAUUUUAAUUAAAUUGCAAUUAGCAUGUGAUUAGCAUUUGAAAACAUUACAUUCAGUUUGCACUUAAGCAUAUUCUUUUAAACUAUAUUAUUUUCAUUAAUACUCUUUUUAAAAGUAUGCUAAAGUGCACUUGUUUUUCACAAAGGUUUCCCAACAUCAACAUUCUGUGAAAUGUUAUGCAUUCAUCUUUGUAUUGCAUACCAGUCACACUGGCUUGGAAAGGAGUUUACAGUAUACUGAUAUAAUCCUGCAAGCUGAAACUAAAGGUGUCUCAUUCAAUGUCAAUCCUCCAACUCUCCAAAGACCAUCUCCGCCUCUUCUACUAAUAGCAUAGCUGCUCAACCAUGAGGUCAGAUCCUGCUGGGGAAUCAGCAGUCAUUCUCAAAUUUUAACGAUUUCCAUGCACCUGCAGCUGUUCACUCUUUCCCCUCCAAUUCCACAUAUAUCCAUUGGGGGCCUCACUGCUGUAUUAGAGUUCACAUUAGGAUAUAGCUUCCUUCGCUUCGCUUCCUUUUUUUUUUUUUUACCUUGAGUUAGUUUUGCCCCAUCAAUUCCAAUUCCACUGCUACAAAGUUUCAAUAAAUGAGUUAUAUAUUUAACUAUUUUUUAGUAUUAUUAUUAUGGUUGCACUUUAUUUUACAGUAUGUGCACUUUCAAUGUACUUACAGUGUACUUACCAAGAAAGUUCUGAAUAAUAUUAGGUAACUACAUGGGUUAAGAUUAGGCAGGCACGUGCACACAUAGACAUAAAAGAGGGCUUGAGCACCUGCCCUUUUUCUUCCUUGAGAGAAAGUGCGCUUUUUUCUGGGGUGCUUUUUUUUUUUUUUUUUUAAUAAAUGAAUAUAUAUUCCUGUUUGCGCACAGCUUACCUGUCAAACAAAUAUAUUUACUGAAUUAAAAAAUUACUAUAAAUCAGGUCGGCUUUGUCGAGUUCAGAUGCCCUCCCUCCACGACACGCCAUUCAUUCCCGCACGCACACGCGCCCCGCCCCACCUCGUGUUUGCUGCUGGCUGACAACUUGUGACAACUAUGCCUGGGAAAAGACAACAGCUGUCUGGCGAUGAGAAGCGAAAAAGAAAAAGCACUAGGCCUAGAUGAAUCCCGUGCAUUUUUUUCCGGUAGCCUAUGUAUGUUCACAAACAUGUUCAAUUUUUGGCUAUUUAAGGGUGAGAUUAGUUAUACGUUUAACGUCGCGUUAAUAAUUUGACCACCAGCAACGCAUCUGCCUGAUUUGAUACUAAUGCAAUUUAUGUUAUAUUAUAAUUUCAAUUAUUUUAUUGUGCUCUGCAUUAAGUUUUGAACCAUGGUAAAGAUAUGUGUAGGGCUGUCAAUAUCAGAAGUGGAGCUUUCCACGGACGCGGAUCCAUGAACCGAAUUAUUAGACAGGUUUUCUAAGGAUGCACGAUUUAUUAAAACCAUUUAAAAUACAGCAUUGCAUAAUGCUAUCAUUCUUAAAUCUAUGCUUACACAGGAGAAUACAUCAAUAAAAGUUUAAACCCUCGCUCUUAGUGUGCAUGUUUUGAUGUCCAGAAAUUACAAUGACUGUGGCAUUUCUAUCACAAAGAAUUGGCCGAAUAUUAUUAUUAUUUAACUAAUAUUAUAUAUAUUUUUUUUUAUGCUGGCUGGCCAAAAACAAGGAUUUGAUCGUGCUGUGUAACAACAACAAUCACCAGGCUUUUGGCGCCCUCUGCAGGCAUUUGAUAUAAUAUCGAUUAUGUACUUAAAUAUUUAAGUAUUUAAGUACAUUAAACACUCUUGAUGUGUUUAAAUAUGAAGAUUAGAUUGUUUUGGUUAGUUUAGAAGAAUUCUACAGAUGCAAACAGACAGAGGAUAGUAGGUUUAAAACAAACUCCAUCUAAAAGUGUAUUUUGGAAGUUUUCUUUCCAUUAGAGUAAAAGAAGACAUGGAAGCAAAAAUAGACCAAAAUCUUAAAAUUGUCCACUACAUGAAAGAAUUAUUCCAAUAACACCAAAAUAAUGACAACGAUUUAUUGAUUUGUGUAAAAUAAACUAAUUAUUAGUGAAACUAUGUCCCUCUCCUUGGUGCAGUCAUUUAUUCUAAAUUUAUAGCUACUUGAAAAUAGUAAUGUAGAAAACAUGCACAUUGUGGCAUAGUUUCCUUUGCUGUUGCCUGCUCUUCUGAUUAAACUAGUGAAUACUAAAGAAGACCAUGGUCUCUGUGUGAACUGAUUUUGUAGAAAGUGAGGGGAAUUAAAAUAAAUUGGCAAGGAAGUCAGAGUUGUGUUAAUAUGUUUAACGUUUUGUUUAUUAUUUUUUUAAAUAAAUAAUUAUGAGAAGUGCCUUUUUUUUCCACUUCAGCCCCUGCCCCCCAAAAUGUCUGUGCACGUCCCUGAGAUUAGGUAUAGGGGUUCAGGACUAGUACCUAGUUAUUACCCAGUUAUUCUAAUUACUACAAUAAGUAUAUCGUAUGUACAUGCGAAACAGAACUGUAAAAUUAAGUGCUACCAUUAUUAUUUUUAAAAUAAGAUGCAAUAGACAUAUUGUGUAGUUUCUGCUGUUUAUUCAUACUGUAAAAAUGAAACAUUGAAAAUCAAACUUAAAAAAAAUGCUGUGCAAAAAUGAGUUAGAUAAUACAGUACUGAACUGUACUGAAUUAAAUUAAUAAAAAAUAAUGCUUUACAUAAUAAUAAUAAUAAUAAUAAAAAACUUGUACGUUUAAGAUCUAGCUAAUCUUCUUACAUAAUUCCAAUUAAUCAUUGUUACUUCACUUUCUAGUCCAUUUGUUUAAAAAAGUCAAAGGAAAUUCCAGCCAAUAAUAGCCGGAAAAGACAUAUAUUUGAAAACCACUCAAGACCUACCACAAGCUUUGAAAAACUAUUUUCAGUAUAUUAUGAUUUGGGACAAAUGCCGCAAAUUGAAAUGAAUUGAAUUGAAAUGGCGCAACAAGCCCAGACCAUAUUAUAUAACAUAUUCUGCUAUGUAUAUCUUCUCUUUUCUUUCCAAAUGAAUUUGUUUAAUUAAUUAUGGGCAAAUUGCAGCCUUUAAUAAAUUGCCUCAUUUGCCUGCUUGCAGUUGUACAUUGCUUUUGGAAGACACACAAACCUAAUCAGAGUCACCUCAGGGCGUCGAUUCUGCAAUAGACACAGUGACCAUUGCCGCCUAUACAGCCUACCCCAUGUGCUUUGUGUAUAAAUCCACUUCCCAAAUCCACUUUCCCCAGUCCCUUCUGCCUCAGUCUCAACUGCCUAAAAAAACUUUCGAAGAUGUCUAGGUUCUCAAUCUGUCCACUUGCCAAGAUCAUCAAGCAAAUUUGUUCCUUAUAUGAUGUAUCCAACCCUUUCAUUCACUAGGUCCAGAAUGAUUGCCAAACCCAACUGUUCUUCAAAGGAUACCUUGGCAUCAAGAUGUGUCCAUGAUCUGCUGUGCAACACCAGUGUUGUGUUGAACCUCAGUGAGGUGGAGAUGGAAGAGUUUUGCCUCAACCAAGAUGAGUAUCUGGAGAAAUAUCUGGGACCUAGACGUUCCCCAGUGUUUCUGCCAGUUUGCAUCACCUACCUGAUAAUCUUCUUGGUGGGAGCGGUGGGAAACAUUCUUACGUGCAUUGUUAUCGCUCGCAACAAGGUCAUGAGGACACCCACCAACUUCUACCUGUUCAGUCUGGCGGUGUCAGACUUGCUGGUGCUUCUCCUGGGAAUGCCUUUGGAGCUCUAUGAAAUGUGGAGUAACUAUCCAUUCCUUUUGGGCAAGGGUGGAUGCUACUUCAAGACCUUCCUCUUUGAGACUGUGUGUUUCGCCUCCAUCCUCAACGUAACAGCGCUGAGCGUGGAGCGCUACAUAGCUGUGGUUCAUCCGCUCAGGGCCAAAUAUGUAGUGACACGCACUCACGCCAAGCGGGUGAUCUUGAGCGUGUGGAGCAUGUCCGUGUUGUGUGCCAUUCCCAACACCAGCCUCCAUGGCAUCUUUACCCUCCCUCUUCCUAAAGGAAAAGGAGCAGGAGCCAUGCUCACAUCCGCCACCUGCAUGCUGGUCAAGCCACGUUGGAUGUACAACCUGAUCAUCCAAAUCACCACUUUGCUGUUUUUCCUCCUGCCCAUGUUGACCAUCAGUGUGCUGUAUUUGCUCAUCGGCAUGCAGCUAAAACGAGAGAAGAUGUUGCAGGUCCUGGAGGCAAAAACCAGUCUGGGACAAGACAGCUCCUCUAAUGUGCACAGUCAGCAGCAGAAAACACGUCGCCAGCAGGUCACUAAAAUGCUGUUUGUUCUAGUGGUCAUGUUUGGCAUCUGUUGGGCUCCAUUCCACACCGAUCGACUCAUGUGGAGUUUCAUGGACCACAAGAACAGUGAACACAUGAAGAUUGUCCAGGUCUAUGAGUAUGUCCAUGUCAUCUCUGGGGUCUUCUUCUAUCUGAGCUCAGCCAUUAAUCCAAUUCUCUACAACCUCAUGUCCACCCGCUUCAGAGAGAUGUUUAAAGAGGUGAUGUGCCACCACAAAUGGCAUCCCGCCCCAAGGAAACGCUCACUUAGCAUGACAAGGGUUACUGUGCGCAGCACCGUGAGUGAAGUCCCACCUUGCAAUGGCACCAUUACUACUGAAGGAGAAGAUUAUGAUAUGGAUGAAUGCCAGGAAAAUAAGACCAACUUUUCCUAAGAAACUAUUUUCAACUUGUAAUUUUUGUACUGUAUUGUCAGUGCUUGAAGAUGAAAUGAACACUGCAGCUUUAAAAAAUAAAUGUAAACAUAAAUAAUAUGUAGGUGUAAGUUUAGGCAACACUGGUCAAAAAUACAUGGUUUGGUGAUUUUUCAAACAAAACAAAGAAUCUGCGACUCCCUCCCAUAUAUUCACAGCCAGGCUACUGGAACUCAAAUUCAAUUUUUUUUUUCAAAUUCAAUUGAGCUUUAUUAGCAUGACUGUGAAUCACAAUGUUGCCAAAGCAUUAACAUAUUAUAUAUAAAUAAUAAAACAAAGAAACAAACAAAACACAUAUGUAUACAUCAUGUCAUAUGUAGCAUAGUAAAUAAAUUAAUCUAAGUAAAUGAAUAAAUAAAGCAGGUCCCUCUAGAGUUAUCCGUCGCUAAUAUUGAGAAUGGUUAACAAAUAUUUUGCAGCUAGUGUAGCGCUGCUAUCAUCUUCACCAAGUAUGAAGGGCAUUUUCUCAGUAUCACUCAAUUCAAUAAAUGAGAGAAUCAGUGUUUCAAAUAUGGAGAGAAAUGUUUCUCUUACAUCGUGAUAUUUAGGACAGAUGAGUAGAAAGUGUUUCUCAUCCUCUAUUUGCUGUAGAUCACAGUGUCUACAGAUCCUCUGCUCUCUCUCUGUCCAUGUUUGUCUAUGUCUUCCUCACUCUUUCUUUGAUAGAUUGCCAGCACAUUUUCAAUUAAGUAUAUAUACCAAAUUAUGCAGAUUGGCUUUUUUUUUACCCUCUGGAAAUAUCUAACUAACUAAAAUUCAUUUCAAGACACCAUUCUCGGCUUACAAUGCUCUCAAGGGCCUAGCCCCCAUAAUAUUAAAUCUUUAUUACAUAAAAACAUGAAUUAAAAAGUAUUUCUCAAAUUGGUGUCAUGUUUAUCAACAUUAGCCUAGGUUCUUAGCCAUUUACAUAAAGUCUGCAUUACAAAAUGCAGUAUAAAAAAUGUAAUAAAGGAUUGAAUUAUGAUUAUAGGAUAAUAUAUUUAAGGAAUAGGCAAUCACAUGAGCACCAGUGCUAUAGCUUUUUUCCGAAUAACAGGACUGCCUGGAUGUUCAGUAAUCAUAGCUGUGUGGGUGUUUGAGAAAAUGCAUGAUUGUAGAUUAACUGUGACAUUGUUUUUUUUUUUAAAGGUUCAAUAAUAGAAGUUAAUAUUAAGCAAAUACAUUCUAGACACAAUAUUGUCAGCUACCUUGUCUUCUCCAACAACGUUAAUAGUAUCAAACAAAGCAGCAGUAGAAUCGACGCGCAACUCAUAGCAACACAGUAACCUAUUUUUAUGUUAAUUUUUGGAUGUUGCAUAAAAAAACGGCAGAUGGAAACACCAAGAUGUGCAUAAACCAAGAUGCGCAUAAAAAAACGUAUGCACUCAAUUGGAACAGAUCAUUUUUUUAUCCGAUAAGAAGGCAUGCAGAUAAACUACUACGGAAACAUGCUUACCAAAUAAAUCCCUCGAUGCGCAACAAAAAAGUCAUGUGACUUUGCCUCAACAGAUCAUUGGAUAAGUGGAAUAACCAGCGGACCAAUUGCAUUGCACAGCAUCUUAAAUGUUGGUUUGGUCAUUCUGAAAUGCCUGAGCUAAAGAACGAUUUGGUAUAAUUGCAUCCCUGCUGAACACAAACAUGACAGCGUUUAUUACAUUUCGUCUGGAGACUCUAAGGUGCAAGUAGUUUAUGAUGUACAAAAAAGAGCCACAGUGGCUUCCCCAAUUGCAGCAACUUCCAUUUUUAUAACAGAUAUUUUGCACCAAUUUCCCACAAAGUGAACAUUUUUCUCUGUUGAAUACAUGGGAUGGAAACUGUGCUUUCGCAAAUGUUUUGUGUACAAGUUAAAUUCGCUACUUUGGAUGGAAAGUAAAUGUGUUACUAGUUACUUUUUAUGGAAAGUUAUGUUACAUGUUACUUUUGUGUUACUUUUUCUCACCUGGGCUGGGCUUGCUUGUUUGAUUUAUAAUAACAACAAAAAAAAAGUCUGUUUUUGGCUAAUGUAAAGGCCAUUUUCACACCAAACGUGAAAUGAUACAGUCAUUUUUGCUUAUUAGUAUGGUUGAAUUUAAUCAUCAAAUAUCAACAGCAAAGGCACUGGUUAAAAAAGUGAGAUUAAAUACAUUAUGUAUGUUUAUCAUGAUAUUAUAUAACAUUUAAUUAUUGCAGGUUUGCUAAUAUUCUGAGUUUCACUGUUUUUAUUCAUUUAGAGGAAUACUGAUUCUGUUUUUGUGCAAGUGCAUGAGGACAAGUGAGAUAUACAAGAGAGUAACUGCAUGCUCACAUUUAGUCUAGAUCUACAAUAACAUCGUUCACAGUACACACAACGCCUCUGCACUCAACAUGAGGACAGGAGAGCUGUUAGUCACUAAAUAGGAAAACAAAGUAACUUGCAUUACUAAUUUGAAAAAGUAACUCCGUUAUUUGUUGUAAAUUUUAAAGAAAUGUAUGUAAGUAAUGUGUUACUUUACUCGUUACUUGAAAAAAGUAAUCGGAUUGCAUAACUCACGUUACUUGUAAUGCGUUACCCUCAACACUGGUCACUUGUUUUGUUCCAGUAUGAAUCAGCGUUUUGAACAAAUCGGUUGAAUAAACUAGUAACCCACUCAAAAGACAGUCACUUGCCGCCACCUACUGGUGUAUGAUGUAACCUGCAGACCGAGUCAUUGAAAAUCCCCAUCACUUAUGCAAAAACAGACAAUAUCCCUAUUCGGAUGGUAACUGUUUCUCAAGGGGAUGUAAGGUAUUUUCGAGAUUUACAGGGGCUAGUGAUUUUAUUGCUGUCUGAAUCCAUAAUGUCAGUGUUUUUCUCCCACCAUCCGCGUAAAAAUCCCCGGCCGAAUUACUUACUGUUUUUCGACAAACGCCAAGGUCGUGUGGGAAUUCAAUUGAUGUCCGAAUCCACAUCUCUGAGUUUACAAGAGAAAAUCAAUUCAAAAUUCACCGUUUUAAUCCUUUUUGACCAGUGCAGAACACGGUACGAGCACUUCACUGUAAUUUGCACGCAUUUUAAAGAUGUACACUUUUAUUACUGAAAUGCUAGGAAGUAUUUACAAGAACAAUAUUUAAUCACCGCACCACCUCAGCGAAAGGAGAAAGAGGAAAAAAGCACAAUGGCAAAACAUUUAAAAUGGGCCGUUACAGGAUUACAAUUUUAAAAUGUAUUUGAUAUAAUUAUAUACAUUAAAAAUAUAAACCAAGCAGCUUUAUGUUUACCUCAUGUAAAUAUGAGGCUGCAUUAACUUAUUUCUGCUAAUUUCCAUAUUUUUAAAAUUACAUCCAUCAUUUUGAGAUAAAAUACAGAACACCAUUACAACUAUAGCAUGUCUAUCUUCCUAUAACAGGAGAUUUAAAUGAUCACAUAAUAAAUAGGAUAUUAUUUUCCUAAUAUAAAAAAAAGAUAUUAAUUUAUUCGUAUUAUUCCAAUGUUAGGGUUCUAUAGAAAUAUAAUGUUCCAGCAAGUCUGCUUGAUCAGUUACCAAAGAAGCACGUCAAAAUUAUUCAGGAAAAUAAGAUUUAUAAUAAAGAAAAAUAUAAUAAAGAAAAAUUUGAUGUAAAUUUAAGGCAAUUUUUGAUUAAAAGGCAAGUAUGAUGAACCAAAACAUUUGAAGAGAAGUAAUUUCUUAAAAAUUAAGUGUUAUAUAGUCCACUGAAUCAUUCUCAGACUUAAUACUGACAAACAUGGAACCACUUGGGAGAGAACAGUCAGGAGACUUAUUUCUUAGCACAAAAGAGGACAGUGGUAAAAGAGGAUUACCAAAUCAUUGUUUUAAGUGUGAAAAUAUUGCAAAAUUAACACCGAAUUUCAAGGCCCCUGAAACAAACAGGCCUUCAUUUUAAGCUUUCAUUUAGUGAUGAGUGAUUUUUUAGCUAGACAAAGAGCAGGAGAAUACCAAAACAAGUGUCUCAGAGCCAGCAAAAGCUUUGAAAAGAGUGACAGAGUAAUAUGCAGCCUGCAGAAGUGACAUGCAUGGAUGUUGUCCACACUAGAACUACCUAAUGUAGUCAAAGCACAAUAAAAUCCGCUAGCCUUUUACUAAAAUAUAGACCUCUGGGAAUCUAUACUCUGGUUUAAAAAUUAAAAAUUUAAAUAAAUAUGCACAGACUAAAUUUUAAUUGGCUAGAUGAAUCUAAACUUAGUAAUUGGCCUACAGUAUAUUAGCCUUGAUUUACCCCAUUACAAUAGUCCAUUUACAGUUACUACUAUCAUAAAAAUAUACUUACUUGUAGGUUUAAAAUUGUACAUAAGGCACAUUUAAUGUCCAACAUUGUAAAUAUUUGUAUACAUUUGCAAAAUGUAUAUAUUAGUCAGAAUUAUCCGUGUGCUUGGCGCGCAUGCCUACAGCAGUGCUCGUUCAAUGUGAAGUUUAGCAGCAAAAUGGAAAUAUUUGCAUGACUUUUUUUAACAUUUACAGAUGGAGAAUAAACCUGUGAAAUGUCUCAAACGCAUAAAAUAGCACAAAAUGAAAGCUGUUUCCUAUGGUGUAUCAAUCUGUUCCAUGAUCGACCUCUAGGGCUGCUUGAGGCUACAUCUACACGAAGCCAGAGCUUUCCCUAUCCGAUCUUUUUUUUUUUUCCUCGUCUCAAGAAAUAUCUGCGUACACACAAAAAAACUGAAACCGACCCAAAACGAUGUAGUAUACAUGCCAGAUCAGUUUGUGGCGCUGUAAUUCUGCCACAGGGAUACACUAAAAAUGGAGAAUAAGACUUGGAGCAUGCGCAUAAAGCUUGCGCGCUGUAUACAAACUUUAGUAAAGCUUAGAAAUAAAGCUUUAUUUUAGUAAAGCUAAUAGGCUCAGUAGCUUCUGCAGCACAAACACAAGCAUGUAGUCCGCUAUUGUUGUUGUUGUUGUUGUUGCUGUUUUGUGCUUUUAGCGGUGUCUGACUAGGGUCGACAUGUGGGGUGAUGACAUCAUAGUUUCACAAAAUAUACGGAUUGGUGCCUGUUGGACUGUUAUAUCAACACUCGGAAAGCCGCUCGACCAAACGGAUUCAAGGAGCAGAACUAACUGUUGGUGAAAUUCAGAUAAAAAAAUACCUGACCAAAAAAAAAAAAAAAAGUUAAAAAGUUAAUUGAGCUUGCUGAUAGUGUUAGUGAAAAAUUUUAAAGUGGCACAUUGUGAUUUCACAGAAUAUUAUUAGGCUACCUUUGUGGGUUUUUUUUUUUUGUUUGUUUGUUUGUUUUGUUUUUUGUUUUGGCUCUAUUGUGCAAACCGCAUAAAUAAUUUAUUUAGCAUGUUUAUUUAGUUCCAUGACCUAAAAUAUGACAUUUGACAUUAGAUACUGAGAACAAUUUACAUUUUCUAUACAGAAAGAGGAAUAAGACAGAAAGCUAAAUAAGGCUAAGGGGCAUUUACUGCAGCCAUUAACCAUGCACACGUGAUAUAUGGAAAAUGCCAAUUCAAACCAUAGAUCAUUUGAUAUAUACUAUGUAGGCUAAUUGUGAAAUUCUACAUACAUUUAUCUACUAAAUAAAGAGAUUCAAGAUGAGGAACCUUGAUGAAAUGUAACAUUCAGCAUUUGUCAUUCAAUGUGGAAUUGAUAAUUGAACAUUUGCCACUAUUUUAAUAAUUUUUUGUGAGUUAAAGCUUUCAAAAGUGGCCCUAUUUACAUUCUUAAAUCACAUUCCUGGUCUUAUUGUUGAUUAUUCAUCAGUGCACAAUAUUGUGCACAUGAAUCUUCGUAGAUAAUAUAUCAGAAAAUAUUUUAUGAAAGGUUUUAUAUUUUAUGUCUAAUGUCCAAUGUUUUGUUAUAUCUCUAACUAAAAGAAACUAAAAUGAAUUGUAUACAGCUCUCUUCUUGUGACAAGCUUUGAAAAUAAAAAGUAUUUGUCUGGAAACCACAACAGAAUGAUUUCAAACUAUUUGCUGAUAUACAGUAACAUUCACGGUAUAAUAAAAUAAAUGCUUCCAGCUACCAUCUUUACGAAAAGCCUUGGUCAGGAUAAAUGGGAGAUGGAUAAUGACACAGGUCACUCCAGGGAAAGUAAAUGAAGUCUGUGAAGUCAAUUACAUAGGUCAUUUUAUUCCUAAGAAUAGAGAUGCUAAAAGCCACAAAGCAAUAGCCUGUACUCCUACCUGAAUAAUAACUGUGCUUCAGAAGGUUUAUUUAUAGUUCAGAGUCUCUUUAAUAUUAAUGAGGCAUAUGGGGUCUGACCGAUAGACUGAUCAAAGCCUCUGAGGCAUUUUUUUUUUAUUUGUUUCCAAUCAUAGAUACACAGUUGGUGACUCGUUAUUUAUGGGGGCAUGAUUUAUUGUGGGGCAAACAAAUGAUAGGACAUCACACAACAACAUCUCAGAAUCUUUCCUCUAUUAAAUUAGCCAAAUCUAUCUACCUUAUUCCUGACGAGCCUACUGUGUUUUGAAUUAUGGGUGGCAUAUUCCGGUUUGCGGAUCUUCCAUUCAAAAAGACUGAAACGAAUCAUUUCAAAUCAUAAGGUUACCCUACAAAUAAAGCUUAUCUGUCAGUUUGACUGAAUGAGCUGUCAAUUUUCCUUUCAUUUUUUAUUUUCAGACAUCAUGAGAAUAACGUAACGCUUGAUAUUUUAACAAGAAUAAAUAUGGCAAGAGCUCUUUUCAGUCGCUGCAUUCUUCUCCUCAUGAUUAUUUUCUUUUUUCCCUUUGCAUUCCGCUGUAAUAAAAGGACAACAUAUACUGCACAUUUGUGGUCCGAUUUAAUUUACGAUAUAUCCCAUUAAUAAUUCACUGGAAUGCAUGAAGAAUCUCUCAUUUUUCUCCUCAAAUCCUCACCACUCUUUCCAGGUUUGUUUUCACAGGUAAAUACAAUUUAUUAUCUGUCAAAAUGAUGGAAAUCACUUUGAAAUAGUAUCAUGCAAUGCUGAAGUUAAUGAACAUUUUUGAUUUUGGCUUUUACACUUUUAAAUGUCCUUUUAAUGUUCGAUGGUUGAAAGGUGAGUAGAAUAAUGUCUUCUCAUUGUACCGUUUUUUUUUUUUUUUUUUUACGUAUUAUUGCAUU